AUGACAGAGAAGAAUCUUUACGAUACAAUACUUGCUCGUAGCUUUGGCAAAAACGACCAGAAGAGACUUGGUUAUGGAGCUUUCAUUGCUUCUCUUCUCUUCGUCUUCACUCUUUGCACUGUCUUUAAACCCUAUCUCAGCCCUUUACCAAUCGUUGAGUUGCAAUUAUCAGUGGACGCUGGUCUCAGGAUGCUGAGAAUAACAGAACCGCAAACGUUAAAGAGCAGCAACAAUGCAACCUCUGAAGAAGAUGCAGCUGAGAAACUUAUUAUCCCUACGAAUCAAAUUAACAUCACAUCAAAUGCAACAAUUACUCAGAGCUUAAUCAGUUCUGAAGUUCACGAGCUUAGUGUCUUCAACGACACAAACUUGCUCAAGAAUCAUCUUGAUUCGUUUAACAGUACUACUAACACUACAAUCUCUAAAGAACAAGUUAUUUCAGACCAAUUUAAAAUGGAGAAACCUAUCUGUCACAAGCGAACAAGAACAGAGCUAUGCGAAAUAACCGGCGACGUAAGAAUCAACGGUAAAUCCGCGACGGUUCUCGCCGCGAUCGAGUUUCCGUUUUCGGGAGAUUCCACGUGGCGUAUGAGACCUUACGCGAGAAAAGGCGACGUUAUGGCGAUGAAUCGCGUGAGAGAAUGGACAGUGAAACUAACACAAAACGCAGACCAAUCAGAAAACGCUAAUUUCUCGCGUUGCGUUACGAAUCACAGCGUUCCAGCGAUGCUUUUCUCUCUAGGAGGCUACACGAUGAACAACUUCCACGAUUUCACCGACGUUUUGAUUCCUCUGUACACGACGGCUCGUAGAUUCAACGGAGAGGUUCAGUUCCUCGUGACGAACAAGAAUCUACCGUGGAUCAACAAAUUUAAGGAAAUCUUGAAGAAUCUAUCGAAUUACGAACUGAUUUACAUCGACGAAGAAGACGAAACGCACUGUUUCACCAGCGUCGUCGUCGGUCUCAAUCGCCACUCAGAGUAUUUCAAAGAGCUAACCAUCGAUCCUUCGAAUUCGGAGUAUUCAAUGUCCGAUUUCCGAAAGUUCCUAAGAGACACAUACUCGUUAAGAAACGCCGCCGUGGCAACGACACGGCGGAGGAGACCACGGAUUCUGAUUUUGUCGAGGGGGAGAUCGCGAGCUUUUACGAAUUCCGGCGAGAUCGCGAGAUCUGCGAGGGAAAUCGGAUUCAAAGUCGUGGUGGCGGAGGCGAACACAGGCGUGGCGAGUUUCGCACGAACCGUGAAUUCGUGCGACGUGAUGCUCGGCGUUCACGGCGCGGGGCUAACGAACAUGGUUUUCUUGCCGGAGAAGGCGGUGGUGAUUCAGAUACUUCCGAUCGGUGGAUACGAGUGGCUUGCGAAGACGGAUUUCGAGGAACCGUCGAAAGGGAUGGAUCUGAGGUAUUUGGAGUACAAAAUCGCGGCGGAGGAGAGCACGUUGGUGAAGAAGUACGGACGCGAUCACGAGAUCGUGAGAGAUCCAUCGGCGGUUGCGAAACGCGGAUGGGAAACGUUUAAAUCGGUUUAUUUGGUACAGCAGAAUGUCAGUAUUGAUAUAAACCGGUUUAAGCCGGUUCUUUUCAAAGCUUUUGAGUUAUUGCAGAGGGAAUAG